UCUCUUUCGUUUCUUGUCUUUUUUCUUUUCUUUUCUUUUCUUUUUCCUUAUGUCUGUGUUCCUUUCUUUCUACUUCUACUUCUACGGGUACUUCACGUCAUUUUUUGCCGCUGCUACCUUGCUGCUGCUGCUGCUGCUGCUGCCGUGUACUACCUACCUAUGUAUAUUGAUUGCCUUUGCGUUUGGAUAUUUCGGGGGUUGGGGGUUAGGGGGAUGAAGAUGGGAGGAGGGGAUGGGCGGAGGUUCUUUUCGGCGUUUUUUUUCAUUUUCUUCAAACUUUCAAACUUUCAACUUUUUACACACUGAAUGAAGCCUGAAGCCUGAAGCCUGAAGGAGGUGGGGACGAGACGGGGGUCGGGACGCGGAGGGCGGAGGGCGGGGGCCGGGGGUCGGGACGG